GUAACGUGACCACUGGCUUAAGUGACUUAGCAUUGGCAGAAGUUGAUUAACACUAUAGGAUAGAUAAAUAUGGCACGGGUUAAUUCUCAAAAAAUCAACGAAUUAGGCUAUCAGUCUUUUCCCUAUGUAUACUUAUACGUUGAUUGUCUUUGUAAUAAUAAUGCUGGAUUUUAGAACGUAAGUUUACAUGUCGUUUUGAAAGCGUAUCAUCUCUUUAAGUAACUAAUAAAAUCGUGAACGUUGGUUUUAAGAAACAAGAGUAUUAAAAACUAAGCUCAGACUUAUUCAACCAAAAAUCUACAUAACACUUUUAUGCUUUUUAAUGACAUUAAUAAAUACUUGUAGCUCACGUUUUGAAUUAUAUAUCCUCUCCAUACCAAAAUUUUACUCAGUGGAUGAUAAAUUCACUUUUGUUGGAGUAGAAUCAUGGUAAUAAAAGUAAGAUUACCAUUUGACAAUUUUACAUAACUACUAACAGUCUAGAAAAAGCUUUAGAUAUAGGAAUCUUACUAUCAGGCCUGGGAACGUUAUUUUAAUAUCAUAAAACUAGGUAGGAUAGUGAAGAGAAGUAGAAUGAGGUAGAAUGUUUAUUCAAGCUCUUAUAUAUUUCUCUCCAACUUCUUACACUCAAUUCGUCUAUCACUUUGAAGACCACAAACUUGAGUUUUAAAAAAGUGACACAAAUAGCUCAGUCAAAUGUUACAUGUAACAAACAAAAAUGAAACCAUAAAAUGUUCAGAUAAAGAGCCCUUCGUGAUGAGACGUUACAGUGGACAGAAAAAUGUGUCAAUUAUCUAUGAUCUUGACAGAGAUCAUAACCCAUCGUUCAAACAACAGCGUCGGAGUUUUAAUAAUAUCACAAUUGUCCCAGUUGAAGAACGACAGAGACGUUUAUCGUUUCGAAGAGACAAUCAAAUUCCACUGGAACCAAUUCAGCAUGAAAUUAACCUGUCAAAGAAAACGCAUUCAUUUUGCUUGAAUCUACCAGUUAUUACAAUAGACAGUCGAAGAGUUGUGAGCAAACUUUCCGACAAUACUGUUUAUUACAGACCAAUGAGAAGCUGCAAUUUGAGUUAUGGAUUCAUUUCGUCUGAGGAGACUUCAAAUAAUGGAGACGAUGUUUCUAAUAAAUCCAGGAAACCUCAUUCAUCUGCUUCUUCAAGUUCAUCAGUAUCGAUAUCAGGAUCCGUGCCAGCUUCAACAUCAUCAUCAGCAUCAUUUAAUCAAAGAAAACAUGUAGUAAAAGAAUUAGUGAAAACACAAGCAGACUUUGUAUCAGAUAUGAAAAAUGUCUUGACUGCAUUUGAUUCUGUUGGUUUAACGGUUACUGAAUCCAAUCGAUAUUCAUUGUUGGGAAAUUUGGAUCAAUUGGUACGUGUUUCUGAUGAUAUUUCAACGGAGUUACAAAAAGAAAUAUCUACAUAUAGUGAUGACCAACUUGGUAAUGCAUGUAUCGCUACAUGUAUAAAUUCGUUCAGAUCAUCUAUAAAUGAAGCAUUGAAGACAUAUAUCUUAAAUUUUUCAGUAGAUGCUUCAACAAAGAAUACAGAAAUUCAAACAUUUUCCGUGCUUGGUUUCAAAAAUCUUCAAAGCGAACGUCCAAAUAUAUUGACUUUAAAUGAUGAAUUAAUUAAACCAGUUCAAAGAUUAGUUAAGUUAAAACAACUGUUUGAAUUAUUGAAAGAUGUAACACCGAUAAAUCAUCCAGAUUGUUUGGCAAGUACGGAGAUGUUCAAUAACUUUGAUCAAUUAGCCUAUGAAGUGAAUGAAGUCAAACGAUGGAAAGAGAUUUGUGCCAGUGUUUCUGAAGAAACGCGAAAAUAUUCCCUAUUUCAAUUAGUUGACAAGAGCACUAAAAGAAUAAUAGCAAAGGCUGCACGUAGCUCAGGCUCAGAAGCUACUCGUAAAAUUCAACAAAGAUUUCUAACAGAACGAGAAGCCAUAAAUCAUAUCGAGAAAUCAUGUGCGUUAUUACAGAAUGCUGUUGAGUCUCGAUGUAAGAAAACUCGGAGAUUUAUAUUGGCACAGAAAGACUUUAUCUCUUUUAUGAAAAAGGUAUUUUUACAACGAAACACAAUUAAACUUCAUUCUGAUAUACCAACAACUAAUUGUUCAUCAAAUGAAUUACCUAUCGAUUUAAUAAUAAAUUGUGAAAUUGCAUUUGAUACAUUAAUUCAUUAUAUGAAUGAUAUAUAUUUGAGAAAAAUGUCAUCUAGUGUAGUUAAUCGUUUAAAUGAAUUGAAAAAAUUAAUAAAUCUUUCAAAGCGUCUUUUGGAUAAAUACGAUAAUACAGAAUUGAACAUUGUUUUAAUGGAAGCUUCAAUGAAAAACCAUAAAAAUGUUCAAGCUGUUGUUAAUAUGCAAUUACAAAGAGAAGACAAUAUACGAAAUCUGUCUACUUUACAGUUUGGACUACAACAUAUCCUACCUUCAUUGGUAAAAAGUGCAAAUAAUAUUUUAUUAUCAGCUAGUCAAUACGCUUUUAUAAUUCAAUCAAAUCUUAUGCAAGAAGCUGAAAAUUUAGUUCACAAGUGUAUUAACGAUACUGAAAAAGACAAUAUAUCUAUACAACCUGGAUGUAAUAUAUCUCCUGCAGAACUUAUUAUUCGUCUAAAUAAAUUAAAAUCUCUUCUCUACGAAAAAAAACGUUGUCGAACUCAUAGAAUAUAUGAAGUACCUAGUGUAUUUAAAUGGGAAGAAGAAUCAACGUGUAGUGACAAGAAUAAUUUAACUCAUCAGGAAUCUCCUGUAAUGUCAGUUAGCAGUCAUCUAUCAAAUUCAGAUGUAGAUAUUCAACCCUGUCAAACAAUUUCAACUAGAAGUGUUAUUAAAAAUUCCUUAUCACCAUAUCCGGAAAUGAAAAUUAUUUAUCGUGAGUCUGAUUACCAACAGGAGAAAAAACUGUGCAGGAUUUCUUCAGGUGAUGACAUUAGAUAUAUAAGUGUGAAAGAACAACCUUCAACUUCAAAACUCUGUAUGAAUGAUGAUUUUCCCGAUAAACCAACUCACAGAAUUACUCAUGACUUUUCGUCUAAAAAUAAAAAUGUUCUAAUAUUGUCCAAAGGUCAGUUAGUGACAAUCAUAAGAUCUUAUGGUCAAAAUGGGAAUACUAAUUGGAGUUUAGUCAAAUUUCAUCCAUAUGGUGAAAUUAAAUUCGUACCAACUAACUAUCUCGAAGCAAUAUGAAAUUCUUUUUUUGGUUUCAUUUAAAAUCAUUCAUUUGAUAACGUCUUACUCAUUUUUACAAACUAGUAGUUUUUUGGUAUUAAACCAUAUAGUGGUUCUAAAUCUUGAACGACACAUAUGUCUAAUAUUCCUUUUGUUGGAUGAAUGACUUCAGUUCGUUUACUUUGUUUAACUAAGUUAAUUAAUCAUAUUAAAAUGAAUGAUUACUUUUGAAUGUUUUAAUUACAGUUGUCCUAUACAGAUGGGAUUAAGUAGUAAAAUAUAGAGAUUAUUCCAUCAACUGCUUUAACUUGUGUUCAUUGUAUAAAUAUAAAACAUAUAGUGAACUAGUUAUUCUUUUCGUUUUCAUUGUAAAUCAGAAGAUAUCUGAAGCAUGUCACGCUUUUAUUUUUAUUGAACCAAGCAUUUUUUUAAGUAACGGACUUUAAAUGCACUUCAUACAUUUAACUUCAUUUUCAGAAUUUAGCUAAACACCAUGACUUUUAAAAACCAUUUAGCAGUAACAUUAGAGUUUACCGACUUCAG